CCUUAUUGAAUCAAGCAAGAUCCCCGCGAUCCUUCCGCAUCGCUUUCACUGAUCCUAAACACAUUUUAUUCCGCCAGGAUCCCGCAAUGUUCCGCAAAGACUCAGUACAAUGGGCGUUGAAUUAUGUCGGCCUCGGUGGCUCCGCCGAAGAAGAACAGCAAUCCAACAGUGCCGUUCGGGCGCUGCCGUCGAACUGGUACACAUCAGAGGAGAUGUACAGCCUUGAACGACGUGCCAUCUUCUCUAGAAAGUGGCAGCUCAUCACACAUAAGGUCAGGCUCGGCCAGCCUGGCGACUGGCUCAAGUUCGACAUUGCUGGCUUUCAAUUCAUCUUGGUCAAGGACCGACAAGGAAACAUCAAUGGCUUCCACAAUAUCUGCCGCCACCGUGCCUUCCCUGUGAUCCAGCCAGGUAGUGACUCUGGUUGUGCGAAGAUCUUUUCAUGCAAAUAUCACGGCUGGUCGUAUGGUCUCAAUGGAAGGCUCGCAAAGGCACCUGGCUACCAAGACACCCAAGAUUUUGAUAAGUCCAAGAAUGGUCUUCUUCCCAUUCAUGUCCGGGUCGACCACGUCGGCUUUGUCUGGGUGAACCUCGAUGCUAAGGAAGUUCCUGAAGUUCCGUGGGAGGCCGACUUCGAUGGCAUUGACAAGCAGGAACGAUAUAAGGACUUCAACUUCGAUGACUACAUCUUCGACCAUACCUGGCAGAUGGACGGUGACUAUAACUGGAAAAUUCUUGCCGACAACUAUAAUGAGUGCUAUCACUGCGCAACAACACAUCCCGACAUCCCUGCGGUCGCAAAUCUUGACUCUUACGAUGUGACGACCAAGUUCUGCCAGAUCAUCCACGACCCAGCUACCACGGAAGAGCAGCGCAAGAAGGGUUUGAUCAUUGCUUCGACUUACUACUUCCCCAACGUAUCAACCAACAUCACUCCUCACUUCUUCAUGAUCCAGCGUUUCGUUCCACAUGGUCCAACAAGGUCAACGAUGUCCUACCAGGUCUUCCGCAACAAGAAUAGCUCCGAAGAGGACUUCCAGCUCGUCAACAACAUAUACAAGCGUGUCAUGUCCGAGGACAAGUACCUUUGUGACCAAGCCCAGAAGAAUCUCAACGCCGGUGUCUUUAUCAACGGCGAGAUGCAUCCCAAGAUGGAGAAAGGACCGCUUUAUUUCCAGAAGACCAUCCGCGAAACUGUCACGGAACAUCACGCGCGCGAGCAAAAGGCUAAAGGCGAAAUCUGGCCUGCCAAGCAACGUCUCCCAGAGACCAAGAGUGGUCUUGGUUCGCAGAAGGAUAUCGAUUUCUGCAAUGGACUGAAAUGCGAAAAUCAGCCGAGAGAAGAGCUUGCGUGGUAAUAGGGGCUUGAGACGAUAUGACUCGACGGCUGCUGAUGAUAGAUGAGCAUUGUGAUGAUGAAUUAGCGUUGAACGACCUGCAUUGUGGGAGGUGGGCAUGGCGUUUGAAGGAGUUUUCGAUGCAAUACACCUGCAUCAUGUACGUCUCGAGGAUGCUGUUCUAGCAUGUGUUUGUGUUGACCUUGGGGCUUAGCGAUCAUUCUUUGCUUUGUACACAGUUCGAUUGGUGUUGCAAGCUGCACCUAAUAUGUCCGCUCAUAACGAUGAGCUUUUGUCGAUGUCACAUAUGGCGUUCUAUCUAUGUCUCAUGAUGAUCUUUUGAUGUCCACAC